AUGGGCUCGAUGCCGAUGCAAGUGUAUAGGGCGGCGGACGCGGAGGCGAUGCAGCUCGCGGUUGAGGGUCUUCGCGAUUUGGGAGUGGCGCCAAUCCCGAUGAAGGUCAUGUACGUCUGCGUUGCAGGAAUACUCCACCGGAAGCUCGUCACAGCAUCUGCUACUACUAGCAUGAGCGGCUGCUCAUCACGGGUGCAUCGGAAGCGAUAUUUGCCCACCAUGGGUUGCAGCAGCAAGCGUCGCGGUCGCACUACCCCCGCCGCCGUCUCCUCCUCGGACGCGUCAUCGUCCUGGGCGUCUAUGCAACCGGAUUUAGUCCGCCUGAUCGGGUGGCGGCUGCUGGAGACCGGCGACUUGCUAGACCACGUCCGCUUCCGUGCCGUCUGCCACCACUGGCGCUGCAGCACCGUCUGCCCACGCGGCCGCGGCGUCCCCGACCCGCGCUUCCACCCGCGCCGGUGGAUGAUGCUGCCCGAGGGUCACGGCCUGCACCCUGGCCACGGCAAGCUACGCAAGUACAUACACUUCAUCAACCUCUCCACCGGUGCCAUCGUCCGCUCAAAGCUCCCGCUUUUCAGCCACCACUGCGUCCUCGAUUCGGUCGACGGCCUCUUGCUCCUGCAACGCGACCAGGACACAGCCAUCCGCCUCCUCCAUCCGUUCACGGGUGACAUCGCAGAGCUCCCGCCGCUCAUCACCCUCUUGAGGCAGUUUGAGUUCCAAUUUUCGCCCACGGAGGACAGCCCUCAGACUAGACGCAUCUGGAGUAAAUUCAGAAAGAUCGGCUCUACCUCCGUCAGCGUGAGCGCAGAUGGAGCCAUCACCGUCAUGAUCAUCAUCUCUGGUAUCAAAUGUUUAGCCAUCGCUACCGUCGGGGACCAGCAAUGGAGCGUCGCCCGCAGGAACCUCUCCUUCUCUCUGAAUCCAGUGUCGCUCCAAGGCAGGAUAUACAUUUUGGAUCAUGUUUCCACCACAACACGGAUUUUCCAGAUUCUACCGCCCCAGUAUGAUGCCAAGCCCUCAGCUUCAUCUUCACUGCCACCACCACCAGAGUUGAUUGCCACAGGUUUGUCCCUGUAA